GGGAGCGCGUCUCGGUGCCAGACCACGAGUGGAGAUAAUUGCCGAGAAGUCUCUCCUCGCUCGCAGCCGCGCCGGGCUUCGGUCGAAGGCUGGAUUCUCCUUUUUUUGGCGUCUCCCCCGAAGAGCCUCUCUUUUUCUGCCGGCUGCGGAGCCCCUCCGUCGGGAAGGGCAGGAGGGAGGAGAACCCCCCAAACUGGUGGGCAGGAAGGACGCCCCGUCUCGACGGCUCUAAAAGCAUCCUCGACCAUGACUGGACUCCUGGCCAAAAUGCACCCCUCGCUCUUUUGGGCGCUCUUGGCCGCAAUGGCAUCGCUGCUUCUCUUCCAAGCCAUUUUCCUCUCCCGUUUUCUCCCGUUGCUCAUCCAAGCAGCAUCGGCAGAUCGGACAGGAUCAGCAGGAGCCGUCCAGCUGGAGGCAGGAGUGCCCGUGCGCAGCGGAGAUGCCACCUUCCCCAAGGCGAUGGACAACGUGACCGUCAGGCAAGGAGAGAGCGCCAUCCUCAGGUGCCUCGUGGAUAACCGAGUGACUCGCGUGGCCUGGCUCAAUCGCAGCAGCAUCUUGUUUGCGGGCAAUGACAAAUGGUGCCUGGACUCCCGAGUGGAGAUUGUCACCAACACCCAAACCCAGUACGUUAUCCAGAUCAAAGAUGUGAAUGUGUACGACGAGGGGCCCUACACCUGCUCUGUGCAAACGGACAAUCAUCCCAAAACAUUGCGGGUCUAUCUCAUCGUGCAAGUUCCUCCCCAAAUUGUUGAGAUCUCUUCAGACAUCUCCAUCAACGAAGGGGGCAACAUCAGCCUCACUUGCAUAGCUACGGGUAGGCCAGACCCCAUGAUCACUUGGAGACACAUUUCGCCCAAAGCUGUGGGAUUCUUGAGUGAAGACGAAUACCUCGAGAUUACCAGCAUCACCCGGGAGCAGUCUGGAGCAUACGAGUGCAGCGCCUCCAACGAUGUGGCACCUCCCAUUGUGCAAAGAGUGAAUGUCACAGUGAACUAUGCACCAUACAUCUCGGGAGCGAAGAGCACCGGGGUGCCAGUAGGACAGAAGGGAAUCCUCCAAUGCGAAGCCUCAGCGGUUCCAUCAGCCCAGUUUCUGUGGUACAAAGACGAUAAAAGGCUCACCGAAGGGCAGAAAGGUUUGAAAGUGGAAAACAAAGCUUUCUUCUCCCGCCUGACUUUCUUCAACGUUUCUGAACAAGACUAUGGAAAUUACACCUGCGUGGCCUUCAACCAGUUAGGGAACACUAAUGCCAGCAUUAUUCUGUACGAAGAAACAACUGCACUCCAGACAACUUGGAAAGGACCCGGAGCAGUGCAUGAUGGGAAUAAUGGCGGAUCCAGAAGAGCUGGCUGUGUUUGGCUGCUUUCCUUCCUUCUGUUUCUCCUGCUGCCCCAGUUUUGACCCUGCCAACUAUGGUGAAAGGAAGAAGAAUGAAAGAAAGAAAAAGAAGAAUAUUAAAAUUUUAAAAAAUAAUCAUAAUAGUGAAGAGAAUAUAUUACAAGGAAAUCUAGGAGGGAAAUAAAGGGAGUUUGAAAACACAAGAAGAGUCUGAAUUGUCCUGCUGAUGUUUGAACACGACUGAGUGUUUUGUUUUCUUUCUUUCUCAGUUUUUUUCCUCCCAAUUUUUUUCCUGCCAUGGACAAGUAUGCAGCUGUUGGGGACUAACCAGUGCAUUUGGCUGAGUGACCAUUGCUUUCCGUCCUCACCCUGCCAAGGCAGCCAGCUCUUUGGUCUUUCUGUCUCUCUUUCUCUCUGUCUCUGUCUCUGUCCGGUUCUCCUAUACGGAGGAUUGCAAGGUCGGCUGCCCCACGUGCAACACUUCAUGGCUUUUAAUUUUUGUUCUCAAUUUACCCUCCUCUUCACAGACUGCGCUGUCAUUUGUUUGGUUGCAAACUACCACAGAAACAACUACAGACAACAACCGAUUCAACACAACGACCACAAGCAACCACGAGGAACAACAACACAUGCACACACGAUUGUUAAGACAUUGAUUCAUUGUACUACAUGGAUAUCAUGGAUAAUAAGGGAUUCUGAUUCAUUAUUAAUUUUAUUAAUUAUAUUUUCUGAUAUGAGCCUAGAACUUGUUAGUUCAUAAAAAAAAAAGAAAAAGAACAAAAACAAACGAAAAUGGGGGGGGGGAGUUUAUUAAGCAUUAAAAACAAAUCAAAAUAGCGGGCUACUUAAACUAGGUUUACAAGAGGUAGGAGGUCAACUUGUCUCUGGUUGUCUGCGUGAUCCGUCUGGAUGAGAGCUGACAAAUCCAGCGGGGAAAAAAGAUGAAGAAAAGAUGAACGAGCACUGCCUCCGCCAGCAUUCUCGAGUUUUCAUUCAUUACUCUGGUGUUCAAAGUCGAGAAGGUUUUUUGCUGUCUUCAUACCGUUUGGAAGUACAAAAGGUUGAUGCUCACUGUAUGUUGAGUUAGAUGGGUAUGCUUAUUCUUUUUAUGAGCUUAUAUAUAUAAAUAUAUAUAUACAGUAUAUAUAUAAAUAUACAUAUAUAUAUAUUAUAAUAAUUAUUUUUUUUGUUAGCAUUCUAGCACAUAAUUUCUCAGCCAGGUCCUUUUCUGACAUUACUGCAUGCUGUAUAUGGAGAUAGCUGUGUAUUGGUCUUUUCAGACACAAGGAUAGAGUUUUAUUGGUAAUUGUGUAAUUAAUUAAUUCCUGCCUCCUCUUUUUUUUUUUUUUGCCUUUCCGUGGGUUAUUUACAUGUUGAAGACAUUUAUAAAAAAAAGAGAAAAGAAAAGAAAGAAUGAAAAAAAAUCUGCAGCCUCUCAUUCUAAAAUUUGGAUUGAUAUGAGGGGGGGAAUUAAUGUUAAUCAAUACAUUUUCUUCAUUUUUCCCUGCCCUACACACACUUUCAGAUAGGGAUACAAGGACACAAAAUAAAAUAAAAAGUUUCAAAUAAUCAAACGUCUUUUUUUAAAAAACGGGGGAAAUUAUUUUCUGUGGCUAUGAGAGAAAUCUACUUGCUUAAAUUUCCCCCCUCAAAUUUCAUUUUCAGUGGACAGAGCUGGAAGAAUAUACUUUAAUGUGGAGGUUUGGCCAGUAGACAAACACCUCUUUUGUCUUUGGUUGGUUUGGA